AUGGCCGCGUCCGCCGUGUCCGUCUGCUCCAGCGACCUGAGCUACGGCAGCCGGGUCUGCCUGCCCGGUUCCUGCGACGCCUGCCCCGACUCCUGGCAGGUGGACGACUGCCCAGAGAGCUGCUGCGAGCCCCCCUGCUGCGCCCCCAGCUGCUGCGCCCCGGCCCCCUGCCUGACCCUGGUGUGCAGCCCAGUGUGCUGCGUGUCCAGCCCCUGCCAGCCAGUCUGCACCAGCACCUGCACGCCCUCGUGCUGCCAGCAGUCUAGCUGCCAGCCGGCUUGCUGCACCUCCUCCCCCUGCCAGCAGUCCUGCUGUGUGCCCGUGUGCUGCAAGCCCGUGUGCUGUGUGCCCGUGUGCUGCAAGCCCGUGUGCUGUGAGCCCGUGUGCUGCAAGCCCGUGUGCUGUGUGCCCGUGUGCUCUGGGGCCUCCUCUUCAUGCUGCCAGCAGUCUAGCUGCGAGCCAACUUGCUGCAACUCCUCCCCCUGCCAGCAGUCCUGCUGUGUGUCCGUGUGCUGUAAGCCCCCUAUCUGCUCCGGAGCUUCCUCUUCAUGCUGCCAGCAGUCUAGCUGCCAGCCGGCUUGCUGCACCUCCUCCUCCCCCUGCCAGCCCUGCUGCGAGCCCCCCUGCUGCGCUCCCAGCUGCUGCGCCCCGGCCCCCUGCCUGACCCUGGUGUGCAGCCCAGUGAGCUGCGUGUCCAGCCCCUGCCGACCAGUCUGCACCAGCACCUGCACCUCCUCCCCCUGCCAGCAGUCCUGCUGUGUGCCCGUGUGCUGCAAGCCCGUGUGCUGUGAGCCCGUGUGCCCUGAGGCCUCCUGUUCAUGCUGCCAGCAGUCUAGCUGCCAGCCAGCUUGCUGCACCUCCUCCCCCUGCCAGCAGUCCUGCUGUGUGCCCAUGUGCUGCAAGCCCGUGUGCUGUGUGCCCGUGUGCUGCAAGCCCGUGUGCUGUGUGCCCGUGUGCUCUGAGGCCUCCUCUUCAUGCUGCCAGCAGUCUAGCUGCCAGCCAGCUUGCUGCACCUCCUCCCCAUGCCAGCAGUCCUGCUGUGUGCCCGUGUGCUGCAAGCCCCCCGUGUGCUGUGAGCCUGUGUGCUCUGGGGCUUCCUCUUCAUGCUGCCAGCAGUCUAGCUGCCAGCCGGCUUGCUGCACCUCCUCCCCCUGCCAGCAGUCCUGCUGCCGCCCAGCCUCCUGCGUGUCCCUCCUCUGCCGUCCCGUGUGCAGACCUGCCUGCUGUGCCCCUGCCUCCUCCUGCCAGCCCAGCUGCUGCUGCCCGGCCUCCUCUGUGUCCCUCCUCUGCCGCCCAGCCUGCCUCCGCCCAGCCUCCUGUGUGUCCCUCCUCUGCCGUCCAUCCUGCCCGCGCCCAGCCUGCUGUGGCCUCUCUUUGGGCCAGAAGUCCAGCUGCUGA